AUGAACCACACACUUUUUAUUAUAACUUUGUGAUAUAUCAUAUCAUAGAAGAAAAAUGAGCCUCAAAGGAAAGUUGGUUUCUGAGAUAAACAUCAAGUGUGAUGGAGAUGUUUUUUAUGAAGUAUAUAGGCAGAGGCCACACCGUACCUCUAGCAUGUCCCCUGAUAACAUACAAAAUGUGGAUGUUCAUGAAGAUGGGAAAGAAAUGGUGGCAAAGGAUAAAGUCGAAGAAAUAGAUGAAGAAAAGAAGAUGAUGAAAAAAAGGAUAAUUGAAGGAGAUAUAUUGGAGGAGUACAAAUCAUUUUACGUUACUGUUCAUGUUGAGACAAAGGGUGAAAACAACUCAGUAACUUGGAUUUUGGAAUAUGAAAAGAAGAAUGCUAAUGUGCCAGAUCCACACACGCUCAUGGAAUUUCUCCUCAAUGUAACCAAAGAUAUUGAGAAUCACCACAUCAAGUGAUAAAUAAAU